AUGAUAUACUGCGUUUACCGAACAGAUGGAGUGGCAAUUUCCAUCAGCCAAUCCGAACACUUCAAGAAAUACAACGCCACCCCUAACCCGAUCCCGUUUCCGGGCUGCGAAAACACCCCCUUCAACAGCGACAAGUACUGGUCUUGCGCGGUCCGCCACGUCGCGACCACCUUGGGUCAUCAAGUAGGCACCUGCAAAAUGGGCCCCAAGACAGACCCGGACUCAGUGGUGGACCCAGAGCUGAAGGUCCAUGGUAUCAGGGGACUGAGGGUGGUGGACGGGUCCGUAAUGCCCAACGUGGUGGCCGGGCACACCAACGCGGUCAUCAUGAUGAUCGGAGAAAAGGCGUCAGACAUGAUUAAAAAAGAGUGGGGUUAUAAAUAG